UCAGAACUUUGAGGCCGCCGGGCCAGGGCUGCACAUGCUCAGUGAGGCCGGCGCCCGCCAGUAAUAAACAUGGCUCCCUAAAGCCGCUCGGGCUCAAGAGCAACAUGGAGGCCUGCACUUCAUCGCUCUUCUCUGGGGGCGGCCAUACUGAGGAGGCAUCUCUUCCGUGCAGGCAGGCUGUCCUGGGGACCUCAGAGAUUCUCUCCAGCGGCAGCGGAAAAUGGGCAACGGGUGGAUUCGGGUCCAGAUUCCGGCAGGAGGGAGUUUGGGAUCGAGAUGUGGAAAAAAGCAUUAGACUGGAAGAGGACGCGAUGGAGUCGGAGCCGCUGGCGGGGACAAAAACCUGGGGCUGGGGAAGGCGCCGGUGGGAGGCAAGGCGCCGACGGACUUUACCCGCGCACGCGUCGCAGCCGUCUCCGCGCACAGUGGUGGCCAUCGCGGCUGGUGCCCCAGUGUCGGCGUGUGCCGGGGGCUCCACUGGGACCCGGGUCGCUCGCCCUGAGUCUCCCCUUCCUCAGCUGUACGCUUGGGACAAGAACAGUAACCCUCGCCAGUCAAGACAGGCCGGGGCUGUCCGGAGGGCCCACGCCUUAGAGCAGGCCCCUAUCGUGUUCAGGGCCCUGAGAUGGGGUCUGACUCAGUUCCUGCGGGGAAAUUCACCAGUGACCCAAUAGUUUACCUUCAUUAUCAACAGGUCCAGAUCUGCCUAAGCCCUCGGACAAGCCUGCAAACAAUCAUCGAAUCAACAUUUGACUAAUACCUUGCAGAUGAUCCCAGGCACCACUGUCUUAACCUGUGAAAACCGCAAAUUCUUGGCACAAACAGCUUCUUCUGCACGCCCCUCCUCCUCAUACAUACACUAAGAGACUUGGCCAAAUUCCAACACAGCCUCUAUCAGCUCAGAGCCAUGCCCCUAGGAAGCCCCAGCCCCCUCUAAAACACCUGCUUGGGAACAUUCAAUUCUGCCCAAAGAAUUUACUGUUUGUCCCACCCAAAACCUGACUAUAGGCCCCUGACCUCCCAUUUCUAAGAGCCUUAACUUUAGAAAACUGGCAGUGACCGGGCGUGG